AUGGCCAAGCCAUUAUCAGUCGCGUCCUCAGACGGCGCUAGCUCCUCCAAAUCUCAUCGCUGUAGCGCCCAGCACUCUCCGGACCCUCACCAUCGUCCCCGCCAUCGUCGCCAUCGCUCAUCGAAAGCAUCCCUCUCGACGCUCGGACCAUCAUCUGGCCUUCUCUCCAUCCUCGCCACCAUUGCUUCGGCUUCGACUGCUUAUGCCAGCCCAGCGCCCCCACCCUUCCUCUGCCCAUCCAUCCAAUCCCAGGAAAACAUCGACCGACCCCUCUCCAAGCGGGCCUCAUCAUCAACCACCGACAGGGUUUCGAACUCAACAAUUCUGUCCGCCAACAUCCGACGACAUGUGCCGGCAAAGUUCGAGAAGGGCGCUGACGGGGUUUGGAGACGGGUUGAUUCGUACACACUCUACGGUAGCACUGUACCGUCGGGCUGCACUGGACCCGAUUGCCGACUACCCACCAACGCUGUCUCAACAAUUGACGACCAAAUACAAGUCGGCGGAAAUCUGAACACAAGCAACUCUACCACGACGCCGUACGAUAUUCGAGACGAGCUGCCCCCUGGCUGGAGGCCAACUGUGCGGCCCUAUGAAGGCCGCACCACGCUCAUCCUUGCCAUGUCACUCGUCCUCGCCUGUUUCAUAUGCUUCUUUAUCAUCGGAUGCCUGUUUUGGAGGAGAAAUUUGAAGAAGAGACGCAAGCAUGCCGAUGUUGAGGCCAGGUCGAGGCGAAGAAGGCACAGAUCAUCCCCAAGCGAAGAGGAGGUCCGGGAAAUGGAAUUGGAGCGGGAGAUCAAGACGAAACAGAAGAUUUGGGCGAGGGCUACAGCACGCUGGAGGGCCAACGUUCGCUAUUCUGCUCAUCAGCGAAGAGGCAAGCGAUUGAGCACCAGACUCUCGCAAGCUCAACAAUCGACAACUUCUCUCGACAAUUCACGCAGCCGCCUGGCAGGAUCGGGUUCCUCGACGCACUCGAGAGCAUCUUCCAGACGAUCGUCUGUGAGCUCUAUCCGUGAUCAAUCUCACCAUGACGAUUCCCCGGCCACAAUGGCCUCCACAUCCCAGGAAAACCUCUCGCGCGCGGAGACCCCUCAACCAGCCCGACCAGCCUCGCCGCCUGCAUAUCAGCGUGGGCAAAUCCCUCCAAUCGUCGUUUCGUCAGAUGAGUCCACCGAGCAGUCUGGACUUUCUACCCCUACACAUUUCGAUCGCUCCCGGCGCCCGUCACAUUCAUCGCUAUACCCUUCAUCCGCCAUUUCAGACGACUCGCAGAAGGCAGAACACUUGUUUUCAGUCUCUGCGCCCAUUCAUGCGGCCCACGUAGCCACCGAUGACAAGUCCCUCCUCGCCCGGCUCGCCGACCUUGCCAGCGCUCCACCGGAAGAUGCCUCCGCUAUCCCGGCAGGGACGUCAGAACCGCAUGUUUCUGCCCCUGCAUGGCAGGAUGACGAAUUUGAGGAAUACACUCCUGACACCAACCGCGAUGCUUGUACCUCUGAUUCGCAGAGUUCUCUUCCACCCUUGUUCCCACCUCCACCCUCAAAAGAGCGGUUGGCUGCCGCGGAGCGCUACGAAUACUCCUUCGCGUUUGAGGAAAUGGAUUCACUAGGAUCCGAGGACGAACCAUCAGCCCCGCCGUUCGAGGAAGGUUGUCUUCCGCCUAUCGACGAGUCCGUCCUUCUACCGUCUGCCCCUCCAUUAUUGGACGACGACUCAGGGGAACUUCCCCCGAACCCCAUUCCCAGCGCACCGGAAUGGGAUUCUCAGACAGAGAGCCUCGAGCCUCGAGAAGAAAACGUAUCCGGGCAAGAUCACGACCGAAUGCCGUCAACGUCAACCAAUUCGCCAGCGUCCGGACCAACCACCUCCCACCCAAUCAACGAAGCAGUGAUAUCGGAAAGGAAUGGGUCUACUGAUACUAUUAUGCUUCCGGAUUAUAAGCCCUAA